ACGUACUCAACCAACACUUUCACAACUACUGGUUUUCAUAGACUUCGACGACGGUGGAAUAUCGAUCGUUGAAAUGCUAUUUCGUUGUAAUUACCUCGCUCUUGUCGGUGGUGGAAAAAAUCCAAAGUAUCCACCAAAUAAGGUUAUCAUAUGGGAUGAUUUGAAAAGUAAGGGAAUAGCAGGACUGGAAUUUCGGAGUGAAGUUAAGAAUGUAAAACUGAGAAGGGAUAG